GCACUGCUUCAGUUUUGUUCUCUCUUUUCACUGUUGUUUCUUUUUAUUUGAAGUGAGAAUGAAAUGGUCCAAAAUAACAAGGCCUACAUGUGUACGUAUAGCCGAAUUGAAUAAAAUUUGAUGAAUCGUGAUUGUAAAUCGUGGUAUAAUAAAACAAGCUCAAUCGUAUCGCAUCAAGUACAUAAAAAAGUGUAAUGUGGUCGAUGACAGCGUGAAAACGGGUGCUACAACUGACAAGCAGUCGCGCACGAGAAAACCGAACCGUAGUGUCUCAGCGCGUUAAAAACACAAAAAGCUAUGUAAUAUAAAUAUUAAAGUAAAAUAGUCGCUGCCAACACUGUGAUUUCUACUCGUUAUUAAGCUUUAUAGCAUUGCAUUUUGUAACGGAAUUAGUAAUCGGAUCGAUACGAUUUUCAGUGAAUAUAUUUAGUUAAUACAAAAAAUCAAUUACUGUCUCAACGUUUAUUUGUACACGUUUUAUGUGAAUUAUGAGUACUAGUAAUGCCAACAGACCCCAAGUGCCGCUGCGGCAGAAGGACUUUGAUCAGAUAUGGGGCGAUCUUCAAGAGGGAAUCGAACAAGUUUACAAAAAACAGUACAUGGUCAAGAGACGAUACAUAGAUCUGUAUACUCACGUAUAUAAUUAUUGUACGUCGGUUCAUCAUCAUAGCGCCGGUAGCUCCAGCAGAGUGCCUCAAAAUAACAUAGGAAGGGUCUCUUAUACUGGAAAGAAACAGACUGGUCAAGUCCAGCAAGGCGGGGCUCAGCUCGUUGGUCUGGAAUUGUACAAAAGGCUUAAAGAGUUCCUCAGGAUUUACCUCAUCAAUCUGCUGCAGAAUGGCGCCGACCUCAUGGGCGAAGACGUAUUGGCGUUUUACACUAAGCAGUGGGAGGAGUAUCAGUUUUCUUCCAGGGUGCUGAAUGGAGUAUGCUCUUAUUUGAAUCGGCAUUGGGUUAAGCGCGAAUGCGAAGAGGGUCGCAAGGGUAUUUUUGAAAUAUACCAGUUGGCCCUGGUCACGUGGCGUGACAACCUCUUCCAGUGCCUGAACAAGCAAGUCACCAACGCCGUCUUGAAGCUCAUCGAAAGAGAACGCAACGGGGAGACGAUUAAUACGAGAUUGGUUUCCGGGGUAAUCAAUUGCUACGUGGCUCUGGGUCUUAACGAAGAAGACCCUAGUGCCCGGGGACAGAACCUGGCCAUCUACAAGGACACCUUCGAAGCCGUAUUCCUUGAGGACACCGAGAGAUUUUACACGAGGGAGAGCACAGACUUUCUCAGAAGUAAUCCCGUCACCGAGUACAUGAUUAAGGCAGAGCAGCGUCUUCAAGAAGAACAGCGUCGGGUACAAGUGUAUCUGCACGAGACAACGACCGAGAGGCUGGCCAAGACCUGCGACCGGGUACUGAUCGAGAAGCAUCUAGACAUAUUCCAUGCCGAAUUUCAGAAACUGUUAGACGGCGACAAGAACUCCGACCUCGGUCGAAUGUACAGCCUCGUGGCGCGCAUCCCCGACGGCCUGUGCGAGCUGCGGCGGCUCCUCGAGCACCACAUACACGCGCAGGGACUACACGCGCUCGACAAGUGCGGCGACACGGCACACACGGAUCCGAAGGUUUACGUCUCGACGAUUCUAGAAGUUCACAAGAAGUACAACGCUCUCGUCCUGGUCGCGUUCAACAACGACUCUGGCUUCGUGGCGGCACUCGAUAAGGCCUGCGGGAGAUUCAUAAACAGCAACGCGGUGACGAAAGCGGCGAACUCCUCGUCGAAGAGUCCGGAACUGUUGGCCAAGUACUGCGAUUUGCUGCUGAAGAAGUCCAGCAAGAACCCCGAGGAGGCUGAACUUGAAGACACCUUGAAUCAAGUCAUGGUAGUGUUCAAGUACAUCGAAGAUAAGGACGUCUUCCAGAAGUUCUACAGCAAGAUGCUGGCGAAGAGACUGGUGCAGCACAUGUCGGCCAGCGAUGACGCAGAGGCGUCGAUGAUCUCAAAAUUGAAACAAGCCUGCGGAUUCGAGUACACAAGCAAACUGCAGAGAAUGUUCCAAGACAUUGGCGUGUCGAAGGACUUGAACGAGAACUUCAGGAAGCACAUGGCGAACAGCUCGGAGCAGCCCCUGCACAUAGACUUCAGCAUCCAGGUGCUGUCGUCCGGCUCGUGGCCCUUCCAGCAGUCCACGUCCUUCCAGCUGCCCACGGAGCUGGAGCGCUCCGUGCACCGGUUCACCACGUUCUACUCGUCGCAGCACUCCGGGCGCAAGCUGAACUGGCUCUACAACAUGAGCAAGGGGGAACUCCUCACCAACUGCUUCAAGAACAGGUACACGCUGCAGGCGAGCACGUUCCAGAUGGCGGUGCUGCUGCAGUACAACGACAACACCUCGUGGACGGUCCGCCAGCUGGAGCAGCACACCGGCAUCAAAGGGGACUUCCUCAUACAGGUGCUUCAAAUAUUAUUGAAGGCAAAACUGUUGGUGUGUCAAGAGGACGAGGCUGAGCUUGGCGAGAACUCUGUUGUCGAUCUCUACUCGGGAUACAAGAACAAAAAGCUCCGCGUGAAUAUAAACAUACCGUUGAAGACGGAGCUUAAAGUUGAACAAGAGGCUACACACAAACACAUUGAGGAGGACAGAAAGAUGCUUAUACAGGCCGCCAUAGUACGGAUAAUGAAAACGCGCAAGACCCUAAAGCAUCAGCACCUAGUGGUGGAAGUCCUCAACCAGUUGUCGUCACGGUUCAAGCCCAGAGUUCCUGUCAUCAAGAAAUGCAUCGAUAUACUGAUUGAGAAGGAAUAUUUAGAGCGUACCGAGGGAGAGAAGGACACUUACAGCUACCUGGCGUGAUCGCGCCACUCGCAGGAAGAAAGACUCUGUGUAAUAAAAUAAUAUCGAAACAUUACAAUGUAUAAUAAAAUGUUUUUUUAUUUUCA